AUGUUUAGACCGCUGUUUUUCAACAACUCCAUACUUCAUGGAUUAAAGAGAGGGUUCACCUCCCCAUUAAACAAAAGGUCGUUUUUCUUAAAGAAUCAAAACAUUUCAUUCAAACAAUAUUCAACCAAUGUUAAGUCUCAAAUUAUUAAUGAAUUGCCCAAGAUCAAAUCUUCACCAGUUGUAUCUCAUAAAUCUGUUAGUUAUUGGUUAUUUGGAACCAGUACAUUAGUUUUCGGGAUUGUGGUUCUUGGGGGUUUAACUAGGUUAACUGAAUCAGGAUUAUCAAUAACUGAAUGGAAACCUAUUACUGGAUCUAUCCCACCAUUGAAUCAGGAACAAUGGGAAGCUGAAUUUGAAAAAUAUAAAUCAUCUCCUGAAUUCGUACAAUUGAAUAGUCAUAUCAACUUAGAAGAAUUUAAAUUCAUCUAUAGUAUGGAAUGGGGUCAUAGAUUAGUUGGAAGAUUCAUUGGUAUGUUCUUUAUAUUACCAGCAGUUUAUUUCUGGACAUCAAAGAAAUUUAGUCCUCAUGUUAAAACUAGAGUUAUCGGAUUAACAGCUUUAUUGGGAUUACAAGGAUUCAUUGGAUGGUGGAUGGUUAAAUCAGGUUUAGAUCAACAACAAUUAGAUGAAAGAAAAUCCAAACCUACAGUUUCUCAAUAUAGAUUAACUACCCAUUUAUGUGCAGCUUUUUUGAUGUAUUUAGGGGUUUUAGCUACUGGAUUUGAAAUUUUGAAUGAAAAUAAAUUAAUCCAAAUGGUUAAAAAUGGUAACGGUAACAAAGUAACUGAAUUAAUUGGUCAAUUGAAUUCUCCUGUAGUAAGAAAAUUUAGAUUUAUUGCUUUGGGAUUAUUAGGUUUGAGUUUCGUAACUGCUAUGUCUGGAGGUAUGGUUGCUGGUCUUGAUGCGGGUUUAAUCUAUAAUACUUUCCCUCAUAUGGGAGAUGAAUAUAUUCCAAACUAUGGUGAAUUGAUGUCUCCAGUUUUUGCCAGAAAAGAUGAUUUAUCCGAUAUGUGGUGGAGAAAUUUAUUAGAAAAUCCAACAACUGUUCAAUUAGUUCAUAGAUUCUUUGCUUAUUCAACCUUUUGUACAGUUUUAGGAUUCCACUUAUAUUCAUUUAAAUUCAAAAAUCAAUUACCUCGUCAAAUUUUUAAGAGUUUAGCUAGAGUUAUGGGAUUAGCUACUGCUCAAGCAUCAUUAGGGGUAUUUACUUUGAUUUACCUUGUACCAAUCCCAUUAGCGGCUUUACAUCAAGCUGGAGCUUUAGCUUUAUUAACAGGAUGUUUAGCCUUUGUUUCCAAAACUAAAAGAAUAAGACCGCAAACUGUUAAUUAUUUAAAUAAAUUGAUCCAAAAGAGAUUUUGA